UGGUCGGGGUGGGGGCGGGCGGAGAGCCAGGGUUGGAGGGCCCCGGCCGGCUCGCAGGCGGGGGACCCCGAGUCGUAGCCGGGACAGUCUGAAGGAGGGCAGAGGCGAGGGUGGGCCCGGACGAGAGCACGAGGCGAGGCUUGAGCUUGAGAGGCGGGUGGAAGGCGCGCGGGAGUCCGGAGCCUGCGGGGACAGGUGACCGGGUUAGGACUCAGGAGCAGCGGAGGACUUGGGACGGGCUAGCGUGAGGGGCGGAGGCGGUGGAGGCCCGCCGCGCGGAGGCGGGCGGUCGCUGACGCGGGGCGGUGCGCGGGGGCGGGGCCUGGCGGGCUGUGGCGUGGGGCGGGCGGGCCGCGGCGAUGCGGGGCACGAGCUGCGUGGGCGGCGGCGGCGAGAGCCCCGGCGGCGCUGGGCUGAGUGAGGGCCCGCGAGGCCGCUGGCUGCGCCUGGCCCCCGUCUGUGCCUACUUUCUCUGCGUCUCGCUGGCCGCGGUGCUGCUCGCCGUGUACUACGGGCUCAUCUGGGUCCCCACGCGGCCCCCCGCCGCCCCCGCCGCCCCGCCGCCCAGCGCGCCGUCCCCGCCGUGUGCUGCCCGCUCGGGCGCGCCGCCUGUCCCGGUGCCUGCCGCCGCCUCAGUGUCCUGCCUCCCGGGCGCCCCGGGCGGGCCGCGACCCCAGCACGAACUGCCGCGGAGCCGCCGCCACAGCGACCACCGCCGCCGCCUGACGCCGGGAGAGACGCCCGAGGCCAUGGGGGGGCGAGGGCCAGGGUAGCCGCCCCUUCCACCCCGACCCGAUCGUCGUCAGCCCUCGAGAGCCCCGUGCAGCUCGCCCAGGAUGGAUGCCGUCCCCCGAGGGUCCCGGGCUCUCGGUGACCUCGCCUAGCGCCUUCGGAGCCGUCAUCCUGAAGAAUGGGGGGCAGCGGGUGCGAGCUCCGGCCUCGCCCUGUGCAGCUCUCCUGCCGCCAGGCCGGUUCUCCUCCAGCCGGCAGGCCCCCUCCGACCUCCCCUCCUGGCCUCCCCCGUGGGAUUCUGAGCACAGAGCCCACAGCCCACCCCGCUUCUCCCCGGAUCCUCGUGCCCGGCUCCAAUAAACUCUAGCCCUA